UGCUAUAUUUUGGAGCGAUGCAUUGUGGGGUUUCAAAAUGGCCGCCCUUGAGUCCCGUGUUAUGUAGCCGUCCACUGUUGUUAACAGGCGCAGCGGCCAUUAAAUUACCCCACGCGCGCGACAUGACGGUCCUGUGUCUCGCUCGCGGUGCGUUCACGUCCGCGUGUCGGUAUUCGCGCGUGCCGUUUCUCUCCGCCGUGUCGGCUCCGGCGGGCGUCCCCGUCAGACGGUACAUCCGGGACACCGACCGGGGAGACGGCCCCGCUCGGUUCGUGUGCUACCGGCUCCCUCACCGGACUUUACUCGCCAUCCAGGGGCCGGACACGAGCCCGUUUCUCCAGGGCAUCGUGACCAACGACGUGGGGCUGCUGGAGGAGGAGGAGGAGGAGCAGCAGCCCGGACUCACGGCCAUGUACUCGCACAUGCUGAACGUGCAAGGGAGAACUUUGUAUGACGUCAUGCUGUACAGCCUGAAAGAAGCCGAUGACGGACGGCGCGUUUUCCUGGAGUGCGACAGCACAAUGGAGGACUCGGUCCUGAGACAUUUGAAGAUGUACAAGCUCCGCAGGAAGGUCGCCGUAAGCCCGUGUCCGGAGCUCUCCGUAUGGGCGGUGCUUUGCAAGCAAAAGAACGCGGGUGCAGAGGCCGGUACGCCCGAGCUCUCCUCCCCGGGAAAGGCUCUGGUGUGGCACGCCGAUCCUCGAACCCGGGACAUGGGCUGGAGGUUGGUGUUGGACGGUCGAGUUGACCCCUCGGAUGUCGUUGCGUCGUGUCAGAAAGGUGACACGGGAGAGUAUCACAGACAUCGCUACACAAUAGGACUUCCUGAGGGAGUGAGGGACCUUCCCCCUGGGCUGGCACUACCGCUAGAGUCAAAUCUUGUCUACAUGCAGGGCAUCAGCUUCAGCAAGGGCUGUUACAUCGGCCAGGAGCUCACGGCCAGGACUCAUCACACCGGGGUGGUUCGGAAGCGCCUGAUGCCAGUGCGGUUGUCAGCCCCGGUCCGAGACCUCGAGGAAGGCGCCGCGCUGCAAACGCAGUCGGGCAAGCCAGCUGGGAAGCACCGGGCAGGCGUUGGCGAGCUGGGCCUGGGCCUGAUUCGCUUGGCGCAUGCCAAAGAAACGUUGACGCUCAAAACUUCUGACGACGCCGCCGUGUCACUCGAGGCUUCUGUGCCAGACUGGUGGCCUAAAGACGCGAACGUCGACUGAAGAGGAGGAUGUUUUAUCGCUCCCUGAAAUGUGACAUGCAUCCCAUCUGACAGACUUCUUACGGACAGAACCCUGAAGUACAGUACGUUACACUGUCAUUGCUUCACAGCUGUGUGGCACUAGUCUGUUUGUGUGAGUAUAUAUUUUUUUGUUUGCAAACAAAUCUUUUUGGGGUGUUUUAUUAUUAUUUUUUUGCAAAACUGGAAAGUAUUAUUUACCAUAUAAUUAUAUUAUUUAACAAAUCUAUUUGCACUGUACAACAGGAUAUGCCAUCAGUGGUAUUGGUGUUUUUUGAAUAAACAUGCAAUACAAAAA